AUGGUUCAACAAUUAAAAUUAUGUAUAUCUGAAAAGGGUAAAGUCAUUGAUACAAUUAUAAAAGAAACUGAUACUGCUCCUUCUGUUUUGUACAAAUCUGUAGACGAUUUUAGACUAUUAGCUAAUGCAGCUAUAACUCAACUUAUAGAAAAGAGUGAAAGUGGGGCUCAGGAUGAAUAUAAUGAAGAAGAUACCAGUAGUGAAAAUGAUGAAGAGGUAGUCUGUUCAAAUGCUAAACGAAGAAAAAAAAGUGUC